AUGACGGACAAUCUUCCCAUCAGCCCGACAACUUCUCGCCCUCGUUCUCACCGGCAACAUGUCGCUUCUGAGAAGGAUAUUGAAGCCGACCUUGAACGAACACCUUCAUCUGUUUCAUUGCCAAAGAUAGAAGACGCCCCUCCUGAUGGCGGCUAUGGUUGGGUUUGCGUUGUUUGCAAUGCUUUCAUUAAUGGUGCGUCAUGGAACUUUUGCUGUUUCGAGAGCUUCGGUCAAGGUCUCCGAGAUCCGGGGUCAUACAUCUGGACUCCUGGAGAUUCUACAGAUCCUCAUACCUGGGGUGUCAAUUCAUCAUACGGUGUCUUCCUCGCUUAUUAUUUGAACCACAACUACUUUCCAAAUACAUCUGCCCUGACUUAUGCCUUCAUCGGGGGCUUGUCAAUCUCCCAGGCUAUGAUGAUAGCCCCAUUGGCAACUCAUGUCAUUCACCUCUAUGGCACUAGAGUCUGCCUUCACUUGGGUGUCUUUUUCGAGACCCUUUCUCUGAUAGGUGCUAGCUUUGCGACUCAAAAGUAUCAACUCGUCUUGUCCCAGGGUAUCUGCUUCGGCUGGGGCAUGGGUUUCCUUUUCGUCGGCUCCGUUGGUAUCAUCCCUCAGUGGUUUACCAAGAAAAGAUCGCUAGCGAACAGUGUAAGCGCAGCGGGAUCGGGUGCAGGUGGCCUGCUUUGGUCACUCGCAACUCAGUCGAUGAUCGAAAACUUGGGUUUACCAUGGGCAUUUCGAAUUCUCGCCAUCUGCAGUUUCGCUGUCAAUCUCACGGCCUCCAACCUCAUUCGCGAUCGAAACCAGCAGACCGGUGCUCGUCACAAAGCAUUCGACUGGAAAUUAUUGCGUCGUCCCGAGUUUCUGAUGAUUCAGGGUUGGUCCAUUUUCUCCAUGUUUGGUUAUGUGAUUCUUCUCUUUUCUCUCCCGGCUUACGGUCGCUCAAUUGGUCUUUCCGCCAAUCAAGGCAGUAUUUUGGGAGCAGUUCUCAAUGCUGGUCAGAUGCUUGGUCGUCCUCUGAUCGGAUUGAGUUCUGAUAGAUGGGGACGUUUGAAUCUCGCCACCUCUCUUACCUUUUUAUGUGGUAUUUUCUGCUUGGCAUUUUGGAUUCCUGCAGAAUUGGUCGCCGCUCCCAUGGGCUUGCUGUGUUUCUUUGCCAUUGUUGGAGGUGCCGUGGCGGGAACAUUCUGGGCUACAAUCGCCCCGGUGGGAGUGGAAAUCAUUGGCAUUCGUGAUUUGCCUGCUGGAUUGAGUUGGACUUGGCUAAUCAUGGUUCCACCUACCACUUGUGCUGAAGCUAUCGCCCUUGAACUUCGCCGGACGGGUGUUCAGCACUGGGUGUACUUACCACCUCAAAUAUUCACAGCCUUCAUGUAUAUUGGUGCAGGGCUGUGUUUGUGGAUUGCUCGAGGUUGGAAAGUGGGUGAGAUAGAGGCAAAUGCACAGAAGAUGAGAGAGAAAGGGAGACGUCAAGAGAGUAUAUUGCUUGCAGAGCAAAGAUCGCUGGCAGGUGAUAUUGUGGAAGAGACUGACCACAAUGAAGCAGGAGUUAGUCGUUCGCAGCCAUAUCAAAUAUGGAACUCAAGGAAUCUGCUCAGAAACAUGUUUGUGUGGAAAGUGGUCUAG